UAGUUUCCCGUGGUUCCGAACAUCGAACUAGGCGGCGUAGGCCUAGUGGAAUUAAUUUAGAAAACCCUAAUAUUUCUAUGAAUUCUGAUGAAAGAGAGGCCAUCAUGUUUGAAUCUGGACUUUUAAUUCUGACUCAUCCUGUUCCGAUUCUGAGAAAAAAUGUACAAGACAUCCUGUCACGUGCAGCGAAGAUAAUCUCCAGUAAGCUGUAUGUGCACAUCCAGCCUAAUCGGAGCACGAAACAGGAAACAGAGCCUCCCACCGCUAGGUUGAUUCUCCCGGAUAAAAAUGUCCAGAUGUUGAUGACUGACAUUUACUCAUCCAGUGCCUCUAUUUGUGGAAAUAUUGACAUUUACGUAUUGCUAGGAAAUAUAACCAAUAGCGAAAACCAUGCAACAAAAUGUCGCUAUAAUCUUAGAUCAAAAUUAGAAGUAGUGCUUAUGGAUAACAAUGCAGAAUUUUCUGUGAAUGAACAAUAUCUUACCAGAUUUAUCCAGAACACAUUUCAACCCAUUGAAAAGAACAUAAAGUUUCAAAGUAUUUGUGAUAUAAAUUCAACGCCAGAACAGAGUUUUGAGGAGAUUUCACACAUACAGACAUACAGGCAGGUGGUUCUUGGUGGAACCUUCGAUCGGCUACAUGUAGGACACAAGAUUCUCCUGGGGGAGGGAUGUUUGUUGGCAGACGACGGUCUCACUGUCGGUGUCACCACUGGAGAGAUGAACCUUAAAAAAUCCCUACCAGAGUUAAUGCAGCCCACUGCAGACCGAAUCCACUCAGUGGUGCAGUUCAUCGAGACCGUAAAGCCGCAGAUUGUUCACCGCGUGGUGCCCAUCACAGACAUGUUUGGCCCCACUAUCACCGACCCGGAUCUAGAGUGUAUUAUUGUCAGUGCAGAGACGAUGAAAGGCGGCCAGAUCGUGAACCAAGAGAGACAGAAAAAGAGUUAUAAAGAGUUGGAUGUGCAUACUAUUGAUCUAGUUCAGGACCUUUGUCAUGGUCAAUAUGAGGAGGCCAAAGUCAGCUCAUCAUCACUACGGAAACGGUUACUAGGGACAGUAAUUAAUCCAGUUAAGGUUAACCAGAACAUUCCAUCAUCUCCGUAUGUACUUGGAGUGACUGGUGGCAUUGCCAGCGGGAAGUCCGCUAUUUGUAAACGACUGGAGAAGCUCGGAGCUGCAACUGUAGACUGUGAUAAACUAGGUCAUAAGGCGUACGUGAAAGGUACCCCAGGCUACGACAAAGUAGUCAGUUCCUUCGGUACAGGUAUUUUGGACGAUCGUGGGGAGGUUCACAGAAGAGCAUUGGGAGCCAUUGUAUUCAGUGAUGAGACAAAGAUGCAAAUGUUGAAUGACAUUGUUUGGCCAGAGAUAGCCAAACUGGCCCAAGAAGAGGUCAGAAAAUAUAGCAAAGAAGGUAAGACAAUAGUGGUGUUGGAGGCAGCAAUUUUGCUAAGGGCAGGCUGGGAGGACCUGUGUCAUGAGGUGUGGGGAUGUGUGAUUUCUGUACAGGAGGCAAUAAAAAGACUGGAGGAUAGAAAUAACCUACCACAAGAGGAGGCGUUAAAGAGAAUAAAACUAGGAACCACCAACGAGGAGCUUGUCAGUAAAUCUAAUGUCAUUCUGUGUUCUCAGUGGGAAUACGAGUAUACUCAGCAACAGGUUGAAAAAGCAUGGAAACUACUUCAGGAUCGACUUCCUUCUCAAAUGAAGUCAAAUUACUGAUUUACAAUUUUCCAUAUCUCAAACAAGAGGAGACAACUGCAAUGGAGGGCUAUCCAAGAUUUGUAAUAUUGGGAAGAAGAAAACAUACAAAUGUAAUCCCAAUGCCAUAUACAUAUAGACGUGUAUCAAUAUUUAAAGACAAUAUCAAGAUAAUAUGCAUUUUCGCUUGCAUGCAUGAAAGAAAAGAAAUGUUAUAUUCAAUGAAAAGAUUCUUUCCAGGGGAUCUUUUCAAUUUCACAAAAUCGUUUUGAUUUGUAAUAAACUUGUGAUAUUUG